GGUCAAUUAAGCAAAGAUGCAGAAGGCAUUCAUUUCUAAGAUUGUCCUCUUCGAUAACCACCAAAAAGCAGGUCCCAUUCCCUUUCCCAUUUUACCCAACCUCCCCUCAUCUCCAUUUUCAUUCAUUCAUCCCAUUUCAUGAAGCGCUCAAUAGAAACCCUAACUGAAAUCGAUCUCAAAAUGAAGAAGAAGAUCAAACAAGACGAGGAGAAUGAAUUUGAAGAUGUCAAUUCGGCUACUGGGUUUUUCAAUUUAGAUGAGAAUCUUCUUUUCGAGGUCUUAAAACAUGUGGACGCGACUACUUUAGGUCGCGCCGCCUGUGUGAGCAAGCAAUGGCAUAGAACUUCGCAGGACGAGAGGCUCUGGGAGCUGAUCUGUACGCGACACUGGGCUAACAUCGGCUGCGGUAAUCAGCAGCUGAGAUCUGUCGUUUUAGCUCUCGGUGGGUUUCGCCGCCUCCAUUCUCAGUACCUUUGGCCGCUUUCUAAGCCGCAGUCUAGCUCCACUGCUUCGACCUCGUCGGCGUCUACUUCUUCUUGGGCUCCGUUCGCUCCCAUGAUUGGGUCGAAACCGCCCACGAGAUGGGGAAAAGAUGAGGUGCAUCUGUCUCUGUCUUUGCUUUCGAUUCGGUAUUAUGAGAAGAUGAACUUCAGUAAUCGAAGAUCUUCCUCAUGAUCAUCGUUAUUUAACUAAUUACAUAUAGAGAGUUUCUUUUUAAUAACUCUAAUUUCGAAUAUUAUGUUUUUAUGUUUAUGUCUGAAUUUGGAUUGAAAUUGUUGUCUUUCUGUUUUUGUUUUUGUGCUUGUUGAUGUAUUUAAUCUGGGUUUUCAACUAACUAGAUCUGCAAUAUGUAACGAAUUGUAAUGAAAUGAAUCAAUUGUUGUUUGCUUGUUGGUUCAA